AUGCUUCUGUCCGUGCCCAACGAGAUUUUGGACCACAUUUGUUCCAUCAUCGAGUGCAAAGAUUGGGAAGGCGGAUGGGAUACCAAGUCCUCCUACCAGACACUCUUGUCUCUGAGCCGCGUUUGCAAACGAUUGCGUGAAAUUGCAGAACCCCAUCUCUUUCAAAGUAUUUUUGUCCUCGAAGAGGAUCCUGAUGAGAAAUGGAUGCAACUUGCAAGACGCCUGCAACAGGAUCCUAAGCAGGGCCUCACUGUGAAGACGUUCUGCUCCCAGAGAUACGAUCCCAUGGCUCCUCCAUACUUCCUCGACUUCAUGAAAAAGUAUUUUAAAAGGCUGUCCUCAUCACCUGAAGGUGAAAAAAUCCCCCUAAAUCUCAGGGCUCUCAUACAGUACGAGUUGAAAGUCGGAAUAUUUGAACGGCCAUACAGAAGUUUGAAAGUGCUUCUCAUGCUUCUCAUGCCAGAGCUGAGACACCUCGAGCUGUGGAUUACCGACCAGAAAUCAACGCCGUUUCUUUUGACUGGUGCAUUUGUAGGUGGCCCAGACCACGGUUGUGAUGGGUUUGAGCCCACCGAAGAAGCAGGCCAGAGUCAUAAAGGUAUCCCGAAUAUCUUCUUUUUCCGCCAUCUUGAGUCGGUAGCUCUUAUAUCCUAUGACGACAAACUGGGCUCCCCAAUAGGGGUUAGAACAGUCAGUGGUCUCUUCAACCAUACAAGCAUCAAGGCUCUGAGAUUUGAAGGCUUUGCAUUGUGGCACUAUACUUGUUCGAAGUUGAACUGGAACAGGGCGCCCAGCAACCUGACAAGGCUCGACCUUCUGAACUGCACACUAGAGCCCAUGUCCCUCCAAUGCAUCUUGCAGAAAUGCACAAGCCUCACCCAUCUCAAGCUGGCCCUCAUAGGCAACGGAGACCAUAAAAACCCCACUCACAAUCUUGAGCAGUUUGGCCAUGUUCUCAGAGUGUAUGGGCGAAAUUUGGUUGAGCUUUCAAUCAAGAGCUCAAUGUGGGAUCCUCACAUCGCUGAUUGGAGGAACUACAUCGGAAGUCUAAGAAAACUGAAAGUUCUGAGGCAUCUAUCCAUCGGGAGGCUCACCUUUGUUGGGCCCAUAGACAAUGAGAAUAAGAGGUACAUCACUAUACACGACAAACUUCCUCUGUCCUUGGAGACUCUCACCAUUGAAGCAGAGGUGUCGGGCUGCGCAUGUGACAUGGAUAGAGUCAGAGAGACAGAAGAGCUAGUCUGCGACAUGCUCGAGCAUGAACCAGUCCCGCUGAGCUUGAAACAAAUCAACAUGAAGCUGCUACCGGGGCCGGAGGCUCGAGGUUUUGAAGUGAUAGAAGCUGAUAACCUUAGGGGCUGGCAAAUCAGGAAAAAAGGUCUAUGGGUGCAAAAAAGCAAGAGGAGAAGGGAGGACGAGGACGAGGAUGAAGAUGAAGAUGAAGAUGAAGAUGCAGAUGCAGAUGCAGAUGAAGAUGAAGAUGAGGAUGAGGUUGAGGAUGAGUACGCGGAUGAGUACGCGGAUGAGGAAGAGGAAGAGGAAGAUAAGGAGAAUGAGGAGGGAGAUAAUGAGUAUGAUGAGUAUAAGGAGUGGUCGGAGUGUGAAGAGGAUGAAGAGGAUGAGGAUUUUGAAGAGAGCAAAGGAUACCAAGUGGUUCAAUUCAUCACCACUUGCUCUUCUUCGGCACCGAGGAGCUUCACAAGCUUGAACCGCCCCCCGCCAAACUACCCAGGCCAUGUUCCUCUGACGAGAGUUGAGCGGGCUGGGCUGGCCAUUGGGGCCAGCGUCAUGUCUUUUUUCGAUCCCUAUCGCCAUGACCUCAUCGCUGCUACAGGCGAAGCCACAGCUACACCCUACUUUAUCUACCGCCUGCGCGACGCCAUGCUUGCAGAUCCAACCGGCCGUCGUAUCCUCCGAGCUCGACCUCGAAUCUCCUCCAAAACCCUCUCCCUCGAAGCUCUACGUGCGCUACCCGAAAAUUCCGUUGGCCGCGCCUACGUAGGCUGGCUCGAUCGCGAAGGCGUCUCCCCCGAUACCCGAGCUACGGUGCGAUACAUCGACGACGAAGAGUGCGCAUAUGUCAUGCAGCGAUAUCGCGAGUGUCAUGACUUCUACCACGCUCUGACUGGCCUGCCUAUCGUGCGCGAGGGUGAGGUUGCUCUCAAGGCUUUCGAGUUUGCGAAUACGUUACUUCCCAUGACGGGAUUAAGUAUCUUUGCGGCUGCUACCAUGAAGAGGAGUGAGAGGCAGCGAUUCGCCUCGAUAUACCUACCCUGGGCUCUGAAGAAUGGGGCACGGAGCAAAGAAGUCAUCAAUGUCUUUUGGGAAGAGAGACUUGAGGAUGAUGUUAGUGACUUGAGAAAAGAGCUGGGUAUUGAGCAACCGCCCGAUAUGAGAGACAUACGAAAGAGGGAGAGGGAGGAGAAGAAGAGACUCAAAGAGUUGAGAGAGCAGGGACUAUAA